GAACCGGGAGUGACGGAAGCGACGGCGACGGCAAAAUGGCGGCGCCCGCCCUGCUGCGCGGGGGCUUGAAGCGGUUGUUCACCGGGAUCUUCGGAAAUGCAUGGCCCUCUCCGCCGGCCCGAGCCCUCCGGGAGGUCGUGGAGGUGACGGAAGGCAACACGACCACAAUUGAAGGGAGAAUUCUGGAGGAUGCUCCAGCACCAACUCCUCCAAACCCCUCUGGCCAGUGUCCCAUCUGUCGCUGGAACCUGAAGCAUAAGUACGAUUAUGUGGAUGUUUUGCUGCUGAGCCAGUUCAUUCGUUCUGAUGGGGGGAUGCUGCCACGAAGGAUCACAGGCCUCUGUUUGGAGGAGCACAAGAAGAUUGCUGUCUGUGUGCAGAUGGCUCACCGUGCAGGUUUGUUGCCAGACCACAGGCCUCCACUUCCUGAAGGGCAUAUUUCCAAGAAACCCAAGCUCAACAGGUAUCUGACUCGCUGGUCCAUCAAAUCUGCAAAGCCCAUCUGGAGGAGGGGCCCGAAGUGGUGCAAAAAGACCAUGCCAGUCGGACACCCUAUACUGCAGGAUAAUGUCAAAUAUACACACAAGCCUCUCUAUUUAAACCACUAGUGGCUUGAUUUGGCACAGUCAGUAAGCACAGCUUUUUUACACUGUUCUGCUUUUUUUCCAAGUUUGUCAGUAUCUAAAAUUUUCUUAUUCCAAAACCAUCAUCAGUACUGUCAGUACUGUCUCCUGUGAAUGAGCUGCUGUCUGCUGCUCUAGAACAUAAUAUUGAGCAAAGCAAAGUUCCAUGUGCAGAAUGAUUUGGAGAAAGCAUGGGGCAAAGAGUUUUACUUCAAAACCAGAAAUUAUCUGAAGGCUUUUUGCCUCAUUGUGGUCCUGGACUGGGUUUUGAAAAAGUUGUUUUCCUUCUUUUUCCAGCAAUGAAUGGUGCUUCCUUGUUAAGAUGUGUUCCAACUCAGAUUUUCCUCAUUUCAGCUUUUGUACCCAUGACACUGACAGAAGAAAAAGUCUCCUGCAAUACUAGGUUUCUGUGGCAGUGACAUAAAUUAUUAAUUAUUACUGUAAUUAAAUAUUUUUUCACAAUCUGUAUUAUCCAUGCUUUGCAGCAGAACAACUGUGGCAGUGGCAGACAGGCACAUGUGCACCUUACAUGUGCCCCGGGAUUCCUAGUUUGUGCUUCACUCCUGGAUCUAGCAAAUACAGAAUGCUGAUAUCUGUGA